AUGAGGUGUUUCCAAUUCCAUUAUGGAGAUAGAAAGGAAGAACCAAAGACCACAAAAUCAAAUUUUGCCCAAUCCUCAUUUACUGAUCGAGAAGUGAGGCAAUCUGGAUCCGAUUUUAAUUCCCAGGAUGCAUCAGACACUAGCACUGAGUCCAGAGGAAGAAGCCAAUUUCCAAUUUUGUCUGACAGGCCCAGUAAUCUCAGGGCUUUUACUUUUUCCGAGCUGAAACAAGCGACAAAAAAUUUCAAUGGGUCUACCAAGCUUGGAGAGGGUGGGUUUGGGUGUGUUUUUAAGGGUGCGGUUAAGAUUUCUGAAGAUCCAGAUAACAAACUUGAUGUGGCAAUAAAACAACUAGGUCGAAGAGGACUGCAGGGUCAUAAAGAAUGGGUGACAGAAGUGAAUGUCCUCGGUGUGGUUGAACAUCCGAAUCUUGUGAAACUCAUUGGCUACUGUGCUGAGGAUGACGAGAGAGGAAUCCAACGGCUUUUGAUAUAUGAAUACAUGCCUAACAAAAGCGUCGAAGAUCAUUUAUCAGCUAGGUCAGAGACAUCCCUCCCUUGGGCUAUGAGGCUGAAGAUAGCCCAAGAUGCUGCUCGUGGUUUAGUAUACCUGCACGAGGAAAUGGAUUUUCAGAUCAUCUUCAGAGAUUUCAAAUCUUCUAAUAUUCUCCUAGAUGAGCAAUGGAAUGCUAAGCUAUCAGACUUUGGAUUGGCUCGGUUGGGUCCUCCAGAAGGACUAACACAUGUAUCAACAGCGGUUGUGGGAACCCUGGGGUACGCAGCUCCUGAAUACAUUCAAACUGGUCGUUUAACAUCCAAGAGUGAUGUGUGGAGUUAUGGGGUCUUUCUCUAUGAACUAAUCACAGGCAGACGACCAUUGGAUAGAAAUCGUCCCAGAAGCGAGCAGAAGCUCCUAGAAUGGGUAAAACUGCAUUUAUCUGAUGCUAAGAAGUUUCAGAUGAUAUUGGAUCCAAAGCUUGAAAGUAAGAAUGUGCUUAAAUCUGUGCACAAGCUCUCAAUUGUAGCCAACCGUUGCUUGGCCAGACUCCCAAAAACACGCCCAAAAAUGAGCGAGGUUUUGGAAAUGGUGAAUCAAAUUGUGGAGGCAUCAACUGGGACAGGAAAUCCUCAACCACCUCUAAGGAGUACUGAGUCGAUGUCAACUUUUGAGGAAACCGAAGCUAAAAGCAAAAGGAGGUUUACGGAUGUGAAAAUAGGAGAUGCUGGUUGGUUGGUUCGUAUGUGGUCAACAAAGCUUGUGAAGACGUUCCGAUUGUGA